AUCCGCCUACCCACCCUCCCAGCCGUCCCACGCUGGCUUCUGAUAGGCUACCGAGGCUGUCCGCCUUGACAGGGGGCUGUGCGCAGGCGCAGAGAGGCAGCGGGACUGGGCUGAGGGCUGGCUACGCGGAGCUACCGGAUCGGUCCGAGAUGGCAGAGGUGGAGGAGACACUGAAGCGACUUCAGAGCCAGAAGGGCGUGCAGGGAAUCAUCGUGGUGAACACAGAAGGCAUUCCCAUCAAGAGCACCAUGGACAAUCCCACCACCACACAGUACGCCAACCUCAUGCACAACUUCAUCUUGAAGGCCCGGAGCACCGUGCGUGAAAUUGACCCCCAGAAUGACCUCACCUUCCUUCGAAUUCGCUCCAAGAAAAAUGAAAUUAUGGUUGCACCAGAUAAAGACUAUUUCCUGAUUGUGAUUCAGAAUCCAACCGAAUAAGCCGCUCUCUUGGCUCCCUGCGUCAUUCCUUAAUUUAAUGCCCCUCAAGAAUAAUAGCGUUAAUCGUGUCAACUGACAUGGAAGUCCUCUUAGAGCCCUCUCAGACCAACCCGGCUGCAGCUCCACCUGCCCCACCAAAGUCAUCCCUCUGCUGGCCAGUCGCACCUGAUUUUCCAGGAGGAAAAUCCCAUCCAGGUUUACAGAGCAAGAGAUUGUGAGAAGCCCACACACCCUGUUUCCUUCUGACUUUGAGUUCACUUUGUUGCUCUUGGAAAAGGCUGUUUUUCUUUAACUAAAAAUAACCAGAACGCUUUCCCUGCCGUGUGUCUUUAAACACUAGGUUGAAAAGGCCUCCCUUCCUGUGUAAUCACGUGGUCUGAAGGCUAAGCCCGGUGCCCCCGUGGUGGAUUGUGCUCCAUACUGCACCUGUGGCCACACUUUCUGAGCUGGACCUGGUUCAUGACUGGUGUCCUGGUUUCUGGGCCUCUAGUCCCUAGCCACCCCUUUUAUCAUUUCUCACCCCCACCAAUGUUUUGAAAGCUUUUUUUCAACUACACUUCACUGGGGAAAGGAAAGGAAAGGAGUGAAAUUUGUUGAGUACCAGGUGUGGCUUAUAUCAUCCUCAUAGUUCCCUACAGACGGGAUGGUAAAGCCAUCUUAAAGAUGAGGAAGCUGGGUUCUCAAGAAUGACUUGCCUGAGGUCUCACAGCCGGGAGCACAGGUGUCUGACUCCAAAAGCUCUGCUCUUUCCACACUACCUUCCCCAGAAAUCCCAGAUGGUCUGGUUCACCCGAGCGAGCUCAUCCUGGGUAAGCAUCUGCCUUCCCUUAGAUUCGAGUCCUGGGGUGCGGUGGGGAUGAGGGGUUGCACUGGCCACUCAGUGAGGCUGUAGGCCACUUGUCAUCCAGCAGCACUCGGAUUUUUUUCCCCCAGAAACCACAUGUAUUUAUUUUUUAUUAGGUUCUCUUUUUGUCUUUUGUUUCUUGAUACAGAGGGAAAGGAUUUAAAACUAUGGUGCAAACCUCGAAAUUCCCCUUCAUUGUCCUUCUCCCUUCCCGGGCAGUAACCUCCGACUACAGUGUGAGUUUUUCCAUCCAACAAAAAUGCUUUUCUAAAUUUUCCAGUGAAGUUUCUUAACAGUAUCAGGGGAGUAAAACAUGUACCCUUGGGAGCCUAGAAGUAUAGUUUAUAAGGUCUCGGCAAAAUUUCUUCAAAAUCUAUUUUAGUGAAAGAUCAUAGGAAUUUUCCACUCCAUAAUCGAUAUGUUUGUGUUAAUAUAGAAAUAAUCCUUUUAAAUACUUUUCCCCAAAUCUUCAAAUAAAACUGAUUCUCUGAGCUAUCA